CAUUAACUAUAUGACAUCAAAACAUGCCAACACUAUUAUAUCUUUGUCCAUGUCCAGUCUUAUCUUCAUCUAGACUGCCAUGCCUGCAUUGGAGGUGAUCUGCAGCCUGAUUGGCUGGCUGUGCCUCUACCUGUUGUUCUGCUCCACCUUCUCUCACCGAGGGCCCGAGUGGAACUGCCGCUUGGUCACCUUGACCCAUGGCGUCAUCAUAGUGCUGCUGACGGCAUACGUUGUGUUUGUUGACGGUCCCUGGCCCUUCACACAUGCAGGUACAGAAAACACUGACCUCCAGAUAUUUGCCCUGGCAGUCUGCCUCGGCUACUUCUUCUUUGACCUGGGUUGGUGCGUGUGCUACCGGAGCGAGGGCCCAGUCAUGCUGGCGCAUCACGCCGCCAGCAUCGUGGGCAUCCUCCUGGCGCUGCUGAUGGGCGUGUCGGGCUGUGAGACCUGCGGGGUGAUCUUCGGCAGCGAGAUCACCAACCCGCUGCUGCAGAGCCGCUGGUUCCUCCGCCAGCUGGGACUCUACGACAGCCUGCUGGGCGACGCCGUGGACCUGCUCUUCAUCCUGCUGUUCGCCGCGGUGCGCGUCGGCCUGGGGACCGUCAUGUUUUAUUGCGAGCUCACUUCGCCCAGGACUUUGCUGAUAAUGAAGCUUGGCGGCGUGGUCAUGUAUCUGCUGGCCUGGGUGUUCAUGGUGGACAUCGCCAGGUUCGGCUACAAGAAGACCAGGGCCAAAUACAGGAAGUGGAUGGUGAACCGCGAGCUCAAAGAGACGAGCGAAGAAAAACCAGUUGGGCACGAAGAGUGAUUGAGAAGACUAACUCAACCGCUUUCACAUGUUUUUAACAGACGCUCCAUGAAUUUAUUUAUUUUAUCUGCGGUACAGUGGACUGCAACAUUUUUAAAGUCUGUGUAAAAACAAUUCUGAAAAGCCUUGAUAAGUACAUUUAUUUUGCAAACUAAAUAAUGAUCUGACAGCGAGCAGAGCAUGCGCAUUAAGAGGUCCGACCUUUAGAGGAACUGCCAGCAGGGGGCGCAACUACAUACAUACUUUCCGAGGUGUAUGCGAACAUGUCAUCGCCCCCCCUGCUCCCCGACAUAAACUUGUAUAACUCAUUUUUAAUUAAAGUAUCAAUAAUAAUAAAUGUACAUAUAUGUGAAUAAAUUGUUGCCCUCAGGGCAAUUAAAAAAGAAUGAAA